AUUUCCAUUCUAUCAAUGGUGCAAGUUAAUUAUUUCAUAAAUUUCUUGAAUAAUCAAUUUCACGCAUUGGUCUUUUCAUUGUGGCUAUCAAAAAGAAAAUUUCAAGAGUUGACCUUGGCCAAGCAUCGAAUUCCAUCUAAAGGAGAUGUUUCUCACUGGGCUAAAUUGUCAGGAUUCAAAAACUCAUGUUUACCACUAAAAUUUAAGACUCAUUGGACCAAGUGUUAUGUGCUUGCUAAUACGAAUUAUAUCACCUUUGUUUUUUAUUCUCCUCAAAAGGUGGUUGUAAAUUCAGCCUCCUCUGCCGUACAAAUUUGAUGUUCUGCUGUGGAUGUUUUAACUAAGGUUAUUGAAGCAUCAAUCUAGACAUGUUUUGAGCCACUAUAAAUGCGAUGAAGGAGUUUUCUCAAGCAUCUUAGCCAUUGAAUUUCAUGUCAGUAUUAUCAACAAGUUCUGGCUGCAUGAACAAUUGCUAUGAAUGAUUCCAGUUUGUGUUCAAUUAUUUGUUUUGGAAAUUUGUGCUCAUGGUCACACACAAUUAAUUUUGAAUUUCAGGUGUUGAUCGAACCAUCGAGGUUGCCAAAAAGAAAAGAACACAAUCUUGUCAAAGUAAUGAGGUUUAUUUUGCAUUUUACAUCUACACAUUCGACCUCAUGUUAAGUUAUUUGGUUUAUCUUUUGACUUUACUGAGUAAACAUUUUCACUAUCAGUUCCAUUAUUGAAAGCAAAAGGUAGAAUUAACUCUAGUUUUCAUACAAGUCUUUUGUUUAAAAUGGAAUAGUUUUUGUAUUUAUAGUGGAUGGCAGAAGAAAGUCUUUUCAAGUGAUGAGGUCACAGCUCUGACCAUCAACAUGUUGUUGGAUAGGUGUUUGG